AUGCCAGGAUGUCUUGUCUCUGAUUGGCUGACCAGUGCUCAAUGGCUGGUGGAAGAAGGAGCAAACCUUUCAGUCUGCUUUGGUGGAGCUGAAAUAACAGAAUCCCGAUCACAGGUACAUGUGACAAUGCUAAAGCUAUGAGUGGAAUUUUAAUGAGGAAGUUUGAAGAAGUGGGCGGCUCCUCAGUCUUCUCUGUGUGGGAAUCGGAUGAUGAAGUUUCUAACGGCAAAAGCGCUGAUGAUGGUGAUAGUGUCAAUCUGUCCACUUCAAAUCAUUUUAUUCGUACAUGUGACAGUGCUGCAGCUAUGAGUGGAAUUUUAAAGAGGAAGUUUGAAGAAGUUGAUGGCUCCUCACCCUGCUCUUCGGUGCGGGAAUCGGAUGAUGAUGUUUCUAGCAGUGAAAGUGCUGACAGUGGUGAUAGCAUCAACCCAUCCACUUCAAAUCAUUUUACCCCAUCCUCGAUUCUGAAAAGAGAGAAACGGAAGAGGACGAAAAAUGUUCAUUUUAACUGUGUCACCGUGUACUACUUUACGAGAAGGCAAGGGUUCACGAGUGUCCCCAGCCAAGGAGGCAGCACCCUGGGCAUGUCCACACGUCACAACAGCGUGCGCCAAUACACACUGGGGGAGUUUGCAAUGGAACAAGAGAGGCUUCACCGAGAGAUGUUACGAGAGCAUCUCAGAGAGGAAAAACUGAACUCUUUAAAACUCAAGAUGACUAAGAAUGGCACCGUGGAGUCAGAGGAAGCAAACAUUUUGACCCUGGAUGACAUUUCUGAUGAUGAUAUAGAUCUGGACAACACAGAAGUAGAUGAAUACUUCUUUCUACAACCUCUGUCCACAAAAAAGCGAAGGGCACUCCUGCGAGCCUCUGGAGUCAAGAAGAUUGACGUGGAAGAAAAACACGAGCUGCGAGCCAUCCGCCUUUCGAGGGAAGACUGUGGCUGUGACUGUCGAGUCUUUUGUGACCCAGAAACGUGCACUUGCAGCCUUGCAGGCAUAAAAUGUCAGGUGGAUCGAAUGUCUUUCCCGUGUGGUUGCACUAAAGAAGGAUGUAGCAAUACAGCAGGUAGAAUUGAAUUUAACCCCAUCCGUGUCCGGACUCACUUUUUGCACACUAUAAUGAAACUUGAAUUGGAGAAAAGCAGAGAGCAGCAAGUCCCCGCACUGAACGGUUGCCACAGUGAGAUAGGCGCUCAUAGCAGCUCAAUGGGCCCCACAACCCACCCGCUGGAAUAUUCCGUUCCAGACAACUUUGAAAUUGAAGCAGAAUCUCGGGGUAGCAUCAUGCACUUGCAGUCGGCUGAUGACUUGGACUGCCCAGGGGAGGAGGAAGAAGAGGAGGAGGAGGAGGAAGAAGAUGCUAGUAGCUUUUGCAGUGGAGUUACAGAUUCGAGCACACAGAGUUUAGCACCCAGUGAAACAGAUGAAGAUGAGGAGGAGGAAGAGGAGGAGGAAGAAAAAGUAGAUGAAUUUGUGGAAGGCUUGGGUGCCCAUGCUGACAUGGUUCAAAAUCUUCCUUCGGUCCUUUGCUACUCUGACAGCACUGCCAUGCAUGAAAACCACUCAAAGGCUUCCUCCUACUACGCCAGCUCUUCAUCUCUUUAUUACCAAAUAGAGAACCACAGCCCCGGCUCUCCUAGCCAGAUGCGUGAGGCUUACUCUGAAAGGGAUACAGUUAAGAAUGGUAAUCUUUCCCUGGUGCCUUACAAUCCAGCUUCAGAACAGUUUGUUGACUACACACGGCAAUCAGAGGAAAGUUACAGCAGCUCACUUUAUCCUCCUUCCAAUCCGUCCGUCAUAGUUUGCUGCUCCUCUUCAGAGAGUGACAGCGCUGUUCCAUGUAGUAGUCUAUAUGCUGAGCAUAGGCCAAGACACUCCCAAGUGGACUUUUCCUCAUACUUGAAAGGUCCUUCUCAAGAUGGAUUUGUUUCUCCUUUGAAUGGUAGCACUCACCUCCCAGAGCAUCCUGCUGAGAAUUCCCUCAGCCUCUCAGAAAAGAGCAGACUGCAUGAAGAGUGUAUCAAAUCACCUGUCAUGGAAACUGUACCUGUUUAAAUUAUUUUAGGACUGAAUCUCAAUAUUUAACUGCACUCUAUUUUAAUUGGAUUCCCUGGAACCAGUUUUUCCCUCUUAGCAAUGGAGGUAAGGGGAUAGACUGUGGUUAACAUUUUGAAUAUUUCUUCUUCUUUCAAGCUAUACUGGCUGUGGCCGUUGCACAAAAACAGUUUGUGUAAAAAGUUAAAAUUAAAAAAGGGGGGAGGGGAAAUAAAAUUGUCUUUUGAUAGAAAUUGCCUAGGUUAAAAACAACAACACUAAAAAUAGCCACCUACCUGUCAAACUGUGUGAAGCUGAGCUUUCAAACUCAAAGCUUCUCAUCUUUAUUGUCAGGCCAGUGCAAAAUAAUGGUAAUUUUACUUUGGAAUAUUCACAUUUAGAGUACUAAAUUUUCACACAUAUUUGAAGAAGAUGGUGACUUUUUAAAUGUAGAUGUGAUUACUGUACAAAAAAACCUGAAUUGUUUGGUAAUGUAUAUUUUAUUUAUCGUAGCUUAGUACUCAUGUCUUGAUAAAAAUGAACAGCAUGUUCAUUGGAGCUGAACAUUUAAGCAGAACAGCACAGCCACUUCAAAUUUCAUAACACAAAUGGUAACUUUUGCGAUGAUGUCUGAAGCUGACACUGAGCCACAUUGUUGUAACGUGCCCAAGCUCCAUUCAUUUUUGUAAGCUAGGGGGCAGUCUGGGAAGUCCCACUGCUUGGGCAUGCCUCAUUCAUUUCAGGGACACUUGUGUGGAGCUCCUAUGGGAGCUCCUGCUCAAUCUCUAUAGAAAGGAAUUAAGGACAUGCACAAGCUCCACUUUCCAAAUUGCACGUAUCAGCAUAUAUAAUCUCUAGAAAGGUGAAAUGUAGGACAAUCCUCUGUGCGUGUGUGUUUUAAUGGCACCAACAUUCCUAAAAAAUAAA